AUGGCGAUCGUGUGCCUCAUCGGAAAGAAAUUCUCGUUUCUGGACAAUCCGGAACGUUUAAGAGAAGCAAAUAUUGCGACUGAUCAACUUAUUUUGAAGGCUGAUAACGAUUGUUGCACUAAAUUAUUGCGCUGGAGUAUGCACUCCUCAGGAGUUCUCUAUCAGCGACAUGUUCUCAGUGAUUUUACACUUCCAAGACUGAAGGAUUUUGAUGUAAUUUUGGACGGGAAUGUGAGUCACGGAAUCCCAGUGGCUUGA